GGUACCAAGGCCCCAGCCCACAGCACCACUGGCUUCAACCAUAUACAAGGGGAGAGAGCCAUGGCAGAGAGACAGGGUCUGAGGGCCGAGUCCUGCCACUUCACCCUGCAGGGGGCGCCAUUCCGCAUCUUGGGAGGAUCUAUCCACUAUUUCCGUGUGCCCAGAGCGUACUGGCGAGAUCGGCUGCUGAAGAUGAGAGCCUGCGGAAUCAACACACUAAGCACGUAUGUUCCUUGGAAUCUACAUGAACCAGAAAAGGGCCUCUUCAAUUUCAAAGACCAUCUGGAUUUAGAGGCUUUCAUUUGUCUGGCAGAGGAGCUAGGGCUGUGGGUCAUCCUACGGCCAGGGCCCUACAUCUGUGCUGAGUGGGAUCUGGGGGGCCUGCCCAGUUGGCUCUUACGUGACAAAGACAUGAAACUGCGAACAACCUACUCUGGCUUCAUCAGCGCUGUCAACUCCUACUUUGACAAACUCAUGCGCAGAGUCGCACGGCUUCAGUUCAGUAAUGGAGGUCCUAUCAUUGCAGUCCAAGUAGAAAAUGAGUAUGGAUCAUAUUUCAAGGACGACUCAUACAUGAAAUAUAUCAAAGAGGCUCUCAUGUCCAGGGGAAUAACUGAGUUGCUCCUGACAUCUGACAACAGGGAAGGCCUUCGGUGCGGUGGAGUGGAUGGAGUAUUGAAAACGAUCAACCUCCAGAAACUUUCGUAUGGAGCCAUGCAGUCCUUGGCUGAGAUGCAGCCUGAGAAGCCCUUGUUGGUGAUGGAGUAUUGGUCGGGGUGGUUUGAUGUUUGGGGCGAACCACACCACAUCUACCCAGCAGAGGAAAUGACUGCUGUCGUCUCAGAGCUUCUAGAAAGGGGUGCUUCCAUCAAUCUCUACAUGUUCCACGGAGGAACGAGUUUUGGUUUCAUGAGCGGGGCAGUGGAUUUGGGGAUUUAUAAACCUCAGAUUAGCAGUUAUGAUUAUGAUGCCCCUUUAUCCGAAUGUGGAGAUUAUACCCUAAAGUAUCACUUGCUCAGGAGUCUGCUGACAAAUUACCACAGUGAGCCUGUACCUGAGCCCCCUCCUCUCCAGGACAGAGCAGUGUAUGAAGCUGUGUUGGUCUCGCAGCACAUGUCACUGUGGGAUUCUCUGCAAUAUGCUGAGAAGCCUUUCAAAUCAGAGGAUCCAAUCAGCAUGGAGAAUCUACCUGUUCACAAUAGCAAUGGCCAAUCAUAUGGCUACACACUUUAUGAGACGACCAUCUUGAGUGGAGGCAGCCUGAACUCUAGAAACAACAUUCGUGACAGAGCCCUGGUAUUUGUGGACAGGCAGUUUGUGGGCAUUUUGGACUACAGAACACAAGAACUGGCUUUGCCUAAGGGAAAGGAUGCUAGAACCCUGAGUCUGCUGGUGGAGAACUGUGGCAGGGUGAACUAUGGAGAGGCUUUGGAUACCCAACAUAAAGGCCUUGUUGGAGAUAUUUUACUAAACCACACUCCUCUGAAGAGAUUUGCAGUGCACAGUAUGGAUAUGACACCCAGCUUUUUAAACCGUUCACACUCAGGGAAGUGGAACUCCAUGACAGAGAGUCUGGUUUAUCCUGGAUUCUUCAAAGGCACCCUGCAUGUAGAUGGUGAACCCAGAGACACGUUCAUCAAGCUGCCAGGAUGGAUGAAAGGAGUGGUGUUUGUGAACGGGAAUAAUCUUGGACGAUACUGGUGUAUUGGUCCUCAAAAAAAUCUCUACCUUCCUGGUCCUUGGCUCAAGACUGGAAAUAAUCAGAUAACUGUAUUUGAGGAGCAAAGGGCAGGUGGCACAAUUGUUUUUGCUGAGAAUCCAGAGCACGGACGAACGAUUGAUGUGUCAAGACAUCCAUUCUGCACCAUCAUUUAGAAUAAAAAAAUGUUUUUAACGGUUUGCUCCAAAAAGCAGCAAUGAAAAAUAAUGUUGAUCUGUUCUGUAGCCUACUAAUUUAUUUAUCUUUCAAGUGUAACCAGGAAUAAUAUCCAGUUGUAACAGUGAGGCUGUCAGUCAUUUGUCUUUUGUCCUUGAGGCACAGAAACUUUAUAUGGCCAGGUUUUAAGUAAAUCAUGUUCAUUUUCAGUUACAUGAAUGCUAUGAUGGGCACAAAUCAAAAUUGUAUUUUUGGUUCAGAUAGCAUAGUUUGCUAUUUCAGCAUGUUUAACAUUGUGUUACCUCUGACAUAUGGCCAACUUAUGGCCUGUUAUCUGUUAUUUCUCAACCUGGGGCAGAUAUAAAGA